CGAAAAGAAGAAGUCCCAGCUUGCACUGCUGCCGUUGCGUUACUAAACGGGCCGGAAGCCGAUGUGUGUGUAGGUGAAAUAUUGUGUGGGCCGUGGAACAGUCACAGUGUCCGUUACUGUGUGGCAUCCCUGCUCCAGGAUGAGCGGUGUGCGAACCAUCCUGAGCUCCAUCGCGAUGGUCACUUUCCUGGGGGUCGGCUUUGGCGCGUGGUCGGUGAUAGCGCCAGGAGAAGAGAGACGGAAAGAGCUGCUCAAGAAUCUGCCUGAAUCAAACCCAGUGCGAAUGGAAGAGACGAGGAGGAGGAAUGCUCUGGUGAUGCAAGCGCUAAAGGAGGCUGCAGAAACUAAUGACAACAUUGCAAGAGAAAUGCCAGCAACUUGGAAAUAGACUUUUUGGCAAAAUCUCCAUUUGUUGACUGCAGAUGACAUACAAGGCCUCUAACCGUUCCAAUAAAGAUGGACAUUAUAUUAUUUUA